CUUUUCCUCCACAUACAGACAGAAUUGAGGUCGUGUUUGUUGUUGGGAGGAAAGUCGUCGCUUACGGUCCUCGUUAUUGUUGGAUUGCUGUGACCAAUCAGCGUCGUUGCCUGCGCGACGCCUUCAAAAACGAUCGAAUCAGCGGGCUGAGUGGAGCUGUCCAUCACCCUGACGUCGCUCGGUGGGAGGGGCUUCGUCCUCCGUCAGCUCUCCCGUCUCCGUGAGUCCCGGCCGGCCGUUCACACCAUGUUGACUCGGGCGGAUGCGCGGGCUGGAUGCUGUUUUCUAGAAACUCGAGUUCCGCGCGUGGAGUGGGGGGCUCGUGUCUGAGGGCAUCUGUCUACGGGGGGGAGGGGGGGCCGGGGGUACUUUGGAUGGCCGGGGCAGCCAGGAGGCAAAGACUGGAUCAUCAUCCGCGUUUUUUAGGCCGUUUGUGCGUGAAGAAGCUGCGGACCUCGGCGUGACUUCUCCGGGUUGGGAGCUCCGUGGAUGGCCGUGGAAAGGCUCCACCUCCGGGACGGCGGUCAUCCCGCUCUUUAGCGCCAAACCCGCAGUUCUCCACACAUGCGGUUGGAUUCUGGGGAGAAUCGGGUCGAAUUUUCCAGCGGGAGAAGAAGAAGGCUGCGGGGCGGCGAGGAACAUCCGGUGACAGGUUGUCAUCAUGGGCAACGCCCCCACGGCCAGGAAGGGCAACGAGAUGGAGAGCGUUAAAGAAUUUCUUGCUAAAGCAAAAGAAGACUUCCUCAAGAAAUGGGAGAAUCCCUCACAGGGACAGGAUUUCUUCCAAUUUGCAAACACUGCUAACCUGGAGCAGUUUGAGAGGCUGAAAACCUUGGGUACCGGCUCAUUUGGUCGCGUUAUGCUGGUGAAGCACAGAGAAACAGGACAGCACUACGCCAUGAAGAUCCUGAACAAGCAGAAGGUUGUGAAGCUCAAGCAAAUAGAGCACACGCUCAACGAGAAAAGGAUUCUCCAAGCUGUUAGUUUUCCGUUUCUCGUGCGGCUAGAAUUCUCAUUUAAGGACAACACAAACCUCUACAUGGUGAUGGAGUACGUACCCGGUGGAGAGAUGUUUUCUCACCUUCGUAAAAUCGGCAGGUUUAGUGAGCCUCACGCUCGGUUCUAUGCAACUCAGAUUGUUUUGACCUUUGAGUACCUGCACGCUUUAGACCUGAUCUACAGGGACCUGAAACCUGAAAAUCUGCUCAUAGACCAACAGGGAUACAUACAGGUUACAGAUUUUGGCUUUGCCAAGAGGGUGAAGGGUCGGACCUGGACGCUGUGUGGCACCCCAGAAUAUUUAGCUCCAGAGAUUAUUCUCAGCAAAGGCUACAACAAGGCCGUGGACUGGUGGGCUUUGGGGGUUCUCGUGUACGAGAUGGCGGCGGGGUAUCCACCUUUCUUUGCUGAUCAGCCCAUUCAGAUCUACGAAAAGAUAGUUUCAGGAAAGGUGCGUUUUCCAUCUCACUUUAGCUCCGACUUGAAGGACCUCCUGAGGAACCUGCUACAGGUGGAUCUCACAAAACGUUACGGGAACCUGAAAAACGGAGUCAAUGACAUCAAAGGCCACAAGUGGUUUGCAGCCACCGACUGGAUCGCCAUUUUCCAGAAAAAGGUGGAGGCUCCCUUCGUCCCGAAGUUUAAAGGACCUGGAGACACCAGCAACUUUGACGACUAUGAAGAGGAGGAGAUUCGCGUUUCCUUCUCUGAGAAAUGUGCCAAGGAGUUUGCUGAGUUCUAGAGUGUGGAGGUGGUGAGGAAGACGAGUGGCAGAAGGGUUAUGUAGAAGACGAAGAACCUUCUGUCUCCAGACAUAAACGCUGGCUAAUAAAAGCGGAGCAAAAGUGGAACUCGGACCUGA